AUGGAGGAACUUAUUCUAUUUAUGGUAUGGAUAUCAGUGGUCGGUAUGAUAUUGAGCCUUUACAGCACCAGCAGCUGGUUUGGGGCAGUCAUCUGUCGGCAGGACCUAUCAAAGUCAACAAAAGGAGAUAUACAUUAUGCUUCUUGGUGGCAACGGCGGUGGAGCUUUCCUUCGAAGCAGGCUCAUCUUUCUCGCUCUGAUCACUCAUUAUUUGAAGCAAACCUGCCAACCGGACUAUUUGGCAAAAAGAAGGUUUAUCUGAGUCAACUUCCAUUGAAAGAUGCAGCUCCCAAAGGGGCAUGGCUCACUCUGCUAUCCGUUAUUCACCCGACACCCUCCAAUGGGAACUGUCAGAUCAUGCCGGGCCGUCAGGCCGAAACUUGGAGCAAGUGCUCACUUGGUGAUAAGCAUACCGAGCGACAGCCGGAGAAGACUCCAAAGAAUAGCUGGCCAGACGUUGCCAAUCAUGGUCUUUAUCAGCACAAGGCAGCUCCAGAGAUUGUUAUAUCCCGUACGACAUUCAUGGCCUUACUUUGUCUCACCAAUUCACGGCCAGUUGUCCACCAUAGUAGCGCCUCUGGGCAUCGUGCCGCAUAUCCUUCUUAUUGUGGACAGUGGCGUGUGGAAUGGCCUAUUGGAGACCGAGCACGCGUUUACUUUUUUGAACACGAUCUCUAUCCUUCAUCCAAAGCCUUGUAUCCACCAACUUUUGAGCAACGGGUCGACAAGUGCUUACAAAUGCUAGCUGGUGUGAUUGAUUCGCAGACAUCGAGUUUCAAAUGCGCAUUCUCGGGGCGAAAAUCGCCUGGAAAGUAUUUGCUUGAAUAUGGUCCGAAAGGAUUUGGCGCCGUUCAUAGCGGAAGACACCUUUAUCAUAUGAUGGGGGAAAUGUAA